CUGCAAGUCAACGAAUGAAGUAAUGAAGCAUUGACUGAGCCCCUACGGGAGAUACCGGGAGGCUGUCGCUUUGCACACAGUCAGAGUCCCUGUCACCAGAGGACCGGAACGGAGGAAGGUCGACGCGAACAAUGCGAGCUACCCAGUAACGGAGUGGAGACGAACAGAACCAGACGUGUUCUAAAACCAUGGGAUGUACUUUGAGCGCAGAGGAGAGGGCUGCUCUGGACCGGAGCAAAGCCAUCGAGAAGAACCUCAAGGAAGACGGGGUCACCGCGGCCAAAGAUGUCAAGCUGUUGCUGCUCGGGGCUGGAGAGUCAGGGAAAAGCACCAUCGUAAAACAGAUGAAGAUCAUCCACGAGGACGGUUUCUCUGGUGAUGAUGUAAAGCAAUACAAGCCUGUUGUUUACAGCAACACCAUCCAAUCUCUAGCUGCCAUUGUUCGCGCCAUGGAUACACUGGGCCUUGAUUAUGGAGAUAAAGAGAGGAAGGCAGAUGCCAAGAUGGUGUGUGAUGUAGUUAGUCGUAUGGAGGACACAGAGCCUUACUCCAGCGAGCUGCUCUCUUCCAUGAUGCGUCUCUGGUCCGACUCAGGUAUCCAGGAAUGUUUCAGCCGGGCUCGGGAGUACCAGCUCAACGAUUCAGCGCAGUACUACCUCGACAGCCUAGAUCGGAUCGGUGCUCCGGACUACCAGCCAACAGAGCAGGACAUUCUGAGGACGCGGGUGAAGACUACUGGCAUUGUGGAAACACACUUUACCUUCAAAAAUCUCCACUUCAGGCUGUUUGAUGUCGGAGGCCAGAGGUCAGAGAGGAAGAAGUGGAUCCAUUGUUUUGAGGACGUCACUGCCAUCAUUUUCUGCGUCGCACUCAGUGGAUACGACCAGGUGUUGCACGAGGACGAGACCACGAAUCGCAUGCAUGAGUCUCUGAUGCUGUUUGACUCAAUCUGCAACAACAAAUUCUUCAUCGACACCUCCAUCAUCCUCUUCCUCAAUAAGAAAGAUCUGUUUGCAGAGAAGAUCAAGAAGUCGGCGCUCAGCAUCUGUUUCCCUGAAUACACAGGACCAAACACCUACGACGAUGCAGCAGCUUAUAUCCAAGCACAAUUUGAGAGCAAAAACCGCUCUCCAAAUAAGGAAAUCUACUGUCACAUGACCUGCGCCACAGAUACAGGGAACAUCCAGGUGGUGUUUGAUGCCGUGACCGAUAUCAUCAUCGCCAACAACCUCCGAGGAUGUGGCUUGUACUAAGCACAUCCAUGUAAUACCCCCACCUACCCGCCCCUUCCUUUUUCCUUACCUGUCCUCUUCCACUUUGUCCUCCUGCUCAACCCGUCUCUUCUGACACUGCUGUGGAAAUGAUGAUGCUAACGAUGCUGAAUAAAAAAAGAUGAAGAAAAAUGCAGCUAGGUAUAUAUUAAUGAGGAUAAUAAAAAAUAUAUUAGACAUACAUAUAUAAAUACACUAUAUAUGUAUAUAUAUGUAUGUUUUAUAUAUAUAUAUAUAUAUAUAUAUAUAUAUAUAUAUAUAUAUAUAUCCAAACUAACAAUGGAUUAGUUUGUCCAUUGCUUCCCCACCAAUGUUCUCUGCCCUGCUGACAAGCAGACAAACCAAUGUGUUUUGGAAGAAAACACAAAACUCUGCAGCCUUGAAACCGUCUUGAACAAAUUUGAUGAAAGUCUCUCUUCUAAUCAUUUUUUUUUUCCUGUGGUGUCUUAUGUUGCUAACAAAACAUCUUUUUUUAUGACCUUGGAUAUGGAUUGUCUUUUGUUUUUGUUGAUAAUGUCUAUAUUUAUUACAUCAACAGCCUGUACACAGAUUUGUAUCCACAGUUUGUCUCACCUGACACAUUUGUUGUAUAUUAUUUUGUUUCUUGCAACAGUAGUGCUUAUGUAGGAACGAUUUUAAAUAAAUAUGUGAAAAUGUCUAUCACUAUAUCAAACAGGUCAGCCAAUCAAAACCUUUGAAAAACACCCAAGACCUAAUGAAGCUGUUAAACACAGAUUAAUUUAACAUUGGUCUUUUGUUUACAUUAGCAGAGACACUUUGGAGACCUUUGUUGGACAUUUUCUGUCCAACUAGUAUGACUUUACUGUUCCACAAGGAGUCCUGGCAUGGACAGGAAGUGUUUCCUAAGCUGGCUUUAGCCUGACAGCCAAUGGGAAGCAGUGCCAGGUGACACAUGCA